CACUUUGAAACCCAAAAAAACAAAACAAAAACAAGAAAAAUUUGUUUGUUUCAGACAUUAUUAUGUAACAUACAUAGUCUCUCUUUCUCUCAGUCCAUAAGUACAGCCCCCACUUUUUUCUUUUUUUUUUUCUUUCGGAUAAGAGUGUGACACAGAAACAAAAACUGAGUCUUUAUUAGCCACUGAUGCUCUUGCUAGCUAUUAUCAAUGGCAUCCAAGAAUCAAAGUGAGUACCAAACAGACACAGAGAAAUCAAACGGUGGUGGUGCUAAUGGGGCUUCAGAGGAAAGGUGUCCCAUUGAGGAAGUGGCACUGGUUGUGCCAGAGACUGAUGACCCAUCAAUCCCAGUGAUGACUUUCAGGGCAUGGUUCUUGGGCAUAACUUCAUGCACUCUGCUCAUCUUCCUCAACACUUUCUUCACCUACCGUACACAGCCACUGGCUAUCUCAGCCAUUCUCAUGCAAAUUGCUGUUUUGCCCAUUGGGAAGUUCAUGGCCGCCACGCUUCCAAGGAACGAGUACAGCCUUUUUGGGUGGAGAUUUAGUUUGAAUCCUGGACCUUUCAACAUGAAGGAGCAUGUGAUCAUCACCAUCUUUGCCAACUGUGGUAUCUCUUAUGGUGGUGGUGAUGCUUACUCGAUUGGUGCUAUUACUGUCAUGAGGGCUUAUUAUAAGCAAGGCGUGAGCUUCCUUUGUAGCCUCCUCAUCGUUUUGUCCACUCAGAUUUUGGGAUAUGGAUGGGCUGGAAUGCUUAGGAGAUACCUUGUUGAUCCUGUUGAGAUGUGGUGGCCUGCAAAUCUUGCUCAAGUUUCUCUGUUUAGAGCACUACAUGAAAGGGAGCCUAAAAAUAGUGGAAUGACCCGGAUGCGAUUUUUCUACAUUGCCAUGGCAGCAAGCUUUGCCUAUUAUGCACUCCCAGGAUAUUUAUUUCCAAUCUUGACAUUCUUUUCGUGGGUCUGCUGGGCAUGGCCACAUAGUAUCACGGCUCAGCAAAUUGGGUCUGGUUACCAUGGACUUGGAGUUGGUGCCUUCACUAUUGAUUGGGCAGGGAUAUCUGCUUAUCAUGGCAGCCCACUUGUGGCACCCUUCUCUUCCAUUCUCAAUGUUGGGGUUGGAUUUAUUAUGUUCAUCUACAUAAUUGUCCCUUUGUGUUACUGGAAGUUUGACACCUUUGAUGCUCGGAAAUUCCCUAUAUUUUCUAAUCAGCUCUUCACUCACAGUGGGACAAAAUAUGAUACCACUAAGAUCUUGACUCCACAAUACGAUCUUAAUAUUGCUGCUUAUGAUAGUUAUGGGAAGCUCUAUCUUAGUCCUCUAUUUGCCCUAUCUAUUGGAUCAGGAUUUGCAAGGUUUACAGCAACCCUCACUCAUGUGGCACUCUUUCAUGGCAGUGAUAUUUGGAAGCAGAGCAGAUCAGCAAUUAAGAAUGCAAAGUUGGACAUCCAUGCAAAAUUAAUGAAAAAUUACAAGCAAGUGCCUGAAUGGUGGUUCCUUGUUUUGUUAAUAGGGAGCAUUGUUGUUUCUCUUUUAUUAUGUUUUGUGUGGAAAGAAGACGUGCAGCUUCCAUGGUGGGGGAUGCUUUUUGCCUUUGCCUUGGCUUUUAUUGUUACUCUCCCAAUUGGGAUCAUUCAAGCAACUACCAACCAGCAACCUGGAUAUGACAUAAUAGCACAGUUCAUGAUCGGUUAUGUUCUGCCUGGAAAGCCCAUAGCAAACUUGCUUUUCAAGAUAUAUGGAAGAAUCAGCACUGUCCAUGCUCUCUCCUUCUUGUCUGACCUCAAACUUGGGCACUACAUGAAAAUUCCACCUCGGUGCAUGUACACAGCUCAGCUGGUGGGAACUCUAGUUUCUGGUGUAGUGAACCUUGCAGUUGCAUGGUGGAUGCUGGAGAGCAUUGAGAACAUCUGCGACGUUGAAGCACUUCAUCCUGACAGCCCUUGGACCUGCCCUAAAUUCCGAGUGACCUUUGAUGCUUCUGUGAUAUGGGGUCUGAUUGGACCAAAGCGGCUCUUUGGACCUGGGGGGUUGUACCGUAACUUGGUAUGGUUGUACCUCGUUGGAGCUUUCUUGCCAGUUCCUGUUUGGGUAUUGAGCAAAAUCUAUCCAGACAAGAAAUGGAUUCCAUUGAUAAACAUACCAGUUAUAUCUUAUGGUUUCGCUGGAAUGCCACCAGCAACUCCCACCAAUAUUGCAAGCUGGCUUAUCACGGGAACCAUCUUUAACUACUUUGUGUUCAAAUACCAUAAAGGCUGGUGGCAGAAAUAUAACUAUGUUCUAUCUGCUGCAUUGGAUGCUGGGACAGCUUUCAUGGGUGUCCUAUUGUUCUUUGCUUUGCAAAACGAAGGCAAAAAUUUGAAAUGGUGGGGUACUAAACUUGACCAUUGUCCUUUGGCAUCAUGCCCAACUGCACCAGGCAUUGUCGUUGAAGGAUGUCCAGUUUUUUAAAUAGUCCUGCUUGUUUGAAGGUCCAAAGACAAGGUGGGAAUGGUGUAGUUUGAGAAGAGGAGCCAAUUUUAUAUGUUAAAAGCUGGACGUAUAGAUUACAUUGAAUAACCAAUGGCUUUGCAUUUUUGUACAUGCUUGUUAUCUCUAGGGUAGGUGAAUGAGGGUUUUCCCCUUUGUGCCUGAUAGUAGGAAUUGAUAUUCCCUUGAAAUGUUGUUGUCAGUAGUUUGAUAGUUUCACAUCCUUAAUUAAGAUGUUUGCAUUUGCAAUUUCUCCCUA